GGGACAAUGCGAUCCCAUGGAGAAUAUAAUUUCAAUAUUGAUAUCAAUCAAAAAUGCAUUGACAGUAUUAACAAUAGAGAGAGAAUAAUUGCAAUGUUUUUGUGCUCCAAUAAUGAGCUCCGCUCUCUCACUCUCCCUCGCUCUGAUUGGCUGGCUGUCGCCGAUCCACAUCGCCCCUCUCCACUAUCUCGGCUCCGAUUGGCCGUGUCACUGACGUCACGCAGUCAGAAGGCAUUUUUCCAGGCGCUCGCUUCCUUGUCAGAGACGAACAACGCGAGGCGAGUUGUGGCCAAGCAGCUUCCGGACCGGAGAGAAAAAUCAGCGGUGUCAUCCGCACUUCGCAAGCCGUCAAAGGCGCGCUCCGCUCGGUGUGAGGACCUUAACGGCGAGGCGGCAGACUCCCGAGCUUCCUUCCGUCAUGGACUCCGCGUGUUCCCGACACAAUCGAGCAUCGAGGCAGUAGAACGGUGGAAAUACUUGAACUCAAAAACUCUUUACUUUUUAAAAUUAAUUUAUUUAUUUAUUAUUUUUUAAACCCGUCAACGAGUACUUUUUGGACUGUAUCUCCCGCUCGUUCACUUCACAACCCUUUAAACUAGGGACGAUGGUGAACCCCGGAGGAAACGGCCAGCAGCAGCAGCAGCCGCCGCCGUCGAUGUCCGGCGGCUCACUGCCGUGGAAGCGUUGCGCCGGCUGCGGCGGCAAAAUCGCCGACCGCUUCCUCCUGUACGCCAUGGACGGCUACUGGCACAGCCGCUGCCUCAAGUGCUCGUGCUGCCAGGCGCAGUUGGGCGAGAUCGGCACGUCGUGCUACACCAAGAGCGGCAUGAUCCUCUGCCGGAACGACUACAUCAGAUUAUUCGGCAACAGCGGUGCUUGCAGUGCGUGCGGCCAGUCCAUCCCCGCCAGCGAGCUGGUGAUGAGGGCGCAGGGCAACGUCUACCAUCUCAAGUGUUUCAUUUGCUCCACCUGCCGGAACCGCCUGGUGCCGGGCGACCGCUUCCACUACGUCAACGGCAGCCUGUUCUGCGAGCACGACCGACCCACGGCGCUCAUCAACGGACACUUGAGCUCGCUGCAGACCAACCCGCUACUGCCGGACCAGAAGGUGUGUUAAACGGAUGCCCCGCAAGAAAGCAGGGACGUGUGCCUUCAUUUUAGCCCCUCACUCAUCCACACCACAGACAUUUUGUGGACCCUUUUUUCCAAACUCUCCCCAAACCUGGACGGGAUACUUGCACUUAACGAGGCGGGACACCUAAACAAAGAGACUCUCCAGGAAGAGAUUCUGACUUUUUUCCUACAUUUCGACGGUGUCAUGUUUUCUAUUGAAGCGACAUGAUAUCAUUUUCAUGAUGUGGCCGGAUUGUGAAUUUUAAAUUUUUUUAGUUUAUUUUUAUUUUUUUAAAUUGUUUUUCUUAUCUGUUGUGUCAAACGAUGGCCACGCAAACAUACUUUGUGUAUUUGUAUGUACAGCAUGCAUGUUAAUGUCGUCGUCCCAGCACCUUCCUCCCUUUCACACCUGAAGAAAUCUGAACAAAUGCUCCUAGUCAGUCAUUCAGUGGUGUAGUCUCCCGACAUUUAAAUGCCCGACAAAAGAGAUGAAUUUAUUUGUGAUAUUUUCCGAGAUAUUUGCUCCUCUGUGGUGUAUUUAAUUAAUAAAAAAAAAUUAUAUGGCCAGUUUACUGUAUUUUGAAAUGGCUUU